AUGGAUCGCAGCUUGGAUGAGAUCAUUGCCGAAGAUCCACAGAAACAGAAUCGCCCCUCCAGUGGUGCUCGGCGCGGCCAGGGCCGUCGGCGUGACCGUGGCGAUGGCAUCAGAAAGGUCCGCCCUCCUCUUCCUCCUUCGAAUCUUCCUCUUGCGCCCGACUGGGUACAUGACAAGUAUGACGAUGAUGCUCGCCCGUCCCGUGGUGGUCGCCGUGGCCGUGAACGUCACUCUGCAUCGCCUGAUCGUGGAUCUACUCUUACGAAAGUUCGCGUGGAAAACCUUCACUACGACAUCACCGAGAGCGAUCUCGAGGACUUGUUCUCCCAAAUCGGACCCGUAUCCAACCUGUCUCUUUCCUACGACCGCGCCGGCCGCUCUCAAGGCAUUGCCUAUGUGACAUACGACCGCCUGAAAGACGCACACACCUCCGUCCGCGAGUUCGACGGAGCCAAUGCAAAGGGCCAGCCGAUCCGUCUGACGCUUGUGCCCGGCCGUCGCAAUGCCGAUCGCCCAAAGUCCAGCCUCUUCGACCGCGUCGAGCGCCCAAGAGAUUCACGCAGCCUGAGCCCUGGAUCCGACACCGAAGAUCGCCGUCGUCGCCGUGGCGGAGGCCGCUCCGGCCGCAGCGACGUCUCCAAGCCUGCUCCCGAUAACAUUGACCGCUACGUCCCCGGGGGCCGCCGCUCUCCUGCCCGCCGCGCAGGCGGUGCUCGGCGCGGGGGUCGCGACAACCGGUCUCGGAACGAUGAGGGCCGGCGCACGGCAAAUGGUCGUCCUCGCAAGACGCAGGAGGAACUCGACCAGGAGAUGGAGGACUACUGGGGUGGUGCUAAGGAGGGCGCCGGUGAGGCUGAUAAGCAGCCUGGUCAGGAACAGGCCGCUCCGGCUGCGGCCCCUGCUGCUGCCCCUGCGGUUGCGGACGACGACAUCGAUAUGAUCGAGUAA